AAAGCUCAUACAGGUGUCAAUAGGCAUAGUACACGUGAGCUUCUCAACACGUGUUCAGUGUACUAUACAAACAGGAGUGUUGUGUGCGUCAGAAACAUUAUAGCAAGUACAGUAUUGAGACUGAAUCAAGUUUGCACGAACUUAUAACGAAAAAUAUUCAUUAAAACAGAAAAUUCCUUCCGUGUUUGAUUUCGAAAGUGACAUAUGAAACAAUAAGGACAGUAAAUUAAAAAAAUAUAAAGUGUUGUUUCGUUUCGAUCUGCAAUAAAAUGAAUCUGCGUUUAAUAGUUGUGAUUAAUCAUUGAGCAUUGAUUCAGAAAGAAAUACGUAAUAUGAUAUUAAAGUUUGAUAAAUCGUAAAAUUUGUGUUGCAUAAAAUAUUUUCUAACAAGAAAAUUAAAAAAAAAGUUAAUUUUUUGGAAAUGAAGCGAUAUUAAUGAUAAUGACGGACAAUCGAAUUGAAUGCUGACAGCGGACUAUUGUGAAAAUAAAUGGGUUUCAUUUUUAAAAAAUACAAAUUAUCUUAUCCUCAAAAAGGUUUUACCGUUUUUGAGGAACGUAAAAUUUAAUCGCAACCAGGAUAAUAGAUGUUGGCACUAAUGAAUACUGUAAAACUUGACUUUUUGGAUAUCGCCAAUGAUAAAUUUAAAAUUAUGAAAAUAUCAAACAAUGACUUGAUCGAACAAAAGAAGAAUCGUCCUGGAAGUGAUGACGAUUCUUCGAAAACUUUGCAACUUUUACGUAUUAAAGGAUUUCCCCGAUUAUUACCUGAAGGAAUUGAAGCAUUGGUUAAUUACUGCUGUUAUCUGCAAGAAUUAUCAUUGUCUUAUUCAUUGCUUAGUGACGAAUUGCUAUUAGCUUUGAGUUCCGAAAAACAAGUGCAAUUGGAAACUCUACGAUUGGAAGUACAUCCAGAAACAAAACCACUUCCACGAGUGAGCGAUAAAGCUUGGUUUUCAUUUUCCAAUCAUUUACCGAAUAUAAAUCUUGUGCUAUUAUCUUAUAUGACGAAUGAAGACGAUCAAAGUCCGUUAUUCGCACCGUAUAUUCCUAUAACGCACUUAUAUUUUGGAGAAACUCCAUCGGAAACAACGAUAUUACAUAUCGGAUAUCAAUGCCCCCGUUUGGUUGAACUAGUGAUUGCAGCUUAUGGUUCCGGUUUACUUGAUCGUGCAUUACUCUUUGUCGCUGAACAUUGUCCACAUUUAAGUGCUGUGGCUUUGGGUGAUUGCGAAAUCACUUGCUCAGGAUUAUUGGAAUUUGUUACACUCUGUGCAAAACGUUUGCAAAUACUAUAUAUUUGGGAAACGUCAUUAAUAGAAGAUUCUGAAUUAGACAUCACAACACUAUCGAAGAAUAUAUCAUUACUUCUUGGUCGUACUUGGGUACCUGAAUACAUUCCACUAUGUUGAAACUUUAAAAAUGAUGUAAGCAAUUAAAAUAAUAAUUGAUGGUAAUUUGCGCGUAUUAAAAAUAUUUGCAUAAAUAUUUGAUAAAUUAAACUUUAUGAAUAUACGUAUUUAUCUUCUGCCAAUUUUUACAUACAGAAGAAUGUAAGAAACUAUAACUUAUAGUAUUGAUUAAUAUUAUUUAAUUGUAGAUUUUUAAUAAUUUUAAGAUAGAUCUUUCAAAAAAAAAUUUUUUUCAAUUAGAAAUUGCAUAUAUAAUUUAGAUAAGAAAUGUCUAUAUUUUUUGAUAGAUCGUAUUAUUGAAACAAUAUAAUGAUUAUAACAAGAGCGCAAGAAAAUUAUAAUUAUAGUUUAUUUUGUUGUAUCGAUUCAACGUUACUUGAUGAAUCGGAUACGAACUAUAUGUAUGAAAAAAAAGAACGCAAAAAGCCUUGUAAAAAUUGCUCGUGUCUAUUAAUACCAAAAAUAUAAACUUUAUUAGAUUAUAAUGAUCUUGUGAUAUAUAUAAAAUAAAAUAAUACCACUAUGUAUUUACCUUCGCUCAUGAUAGAUAUGUAUAAUAUACAAUAAUUGAUAUAGUCUAUAAUUGUAAUACAACAGAGUAUGUACAUUAUUUCUACAUAACACAAUAAAUGAUUGGGUAUACUUAAUAAUUAUAA